GGUCCGGGUUCGCUUGCCUCGUCAGCGUCCGCGUUUUUCCCGGCCCCCCCCAACCCCCCCGGACAGGACCCCCUUGAGCUCGUCCCUCAACUGCCACCAUGAGCGACCAAGAUCAUUCCAUGGAUGAAAUGACGGCUGUAGUGAAGAUUGAAAAAGGAGUUGGUGGCAAUAAUGGGGGCAAUGGUAAUGGUGGCGGUGCCUAUUCUCAGGCCCGAAGCAGCAGCACUGGCAGUAGCGGCAGUGGAGGAGGAGGGCAGGAGUCCCAGCCAUCCCCUUUGGCUCUUCUGGCAGCAACUUGCAGCAGAAUUGAGUCACCUAAUGAGAACAGCAACAACUCCCAGGGCCCGAGCCAGUCAGGGGGCACUGGUGAGCUGGACCUCGCAGCCACACAACUUUCACAAGGUGCCAAUGGCUGGCAGAUUAUCUCUUCCUCCUCUGGAGCUACUCCUACUUCAAAGGAACAGAGUGGCAGCAGUACUAAUGGCAGCAAUGGCAGUGAGUCUUCUAAGAAUCGCAGUGUCUCUGGUGGGCAAUAUGUUGUGGCUACCACCCCCAAUUUACAGAACCAGCAAGUCCUGACAGGAUUACCUGGGGUGAUGCCCAAUAUUCAGUAUCAAGUAAUACCACAGUUCCAGACCGUUGAUGGGCAACAACUGCAGUUUGCAGCCACUGGCGCUCAAGUGCAGCAGGAUGGUUCUGGUCAAAUUCAGAUCAUACCAGGUGCAAACCAACAGAUUAUCACAAAUCGAGGAAGUGGAGGCAACAUCAUUGCUGCUAUGCCAAACCUACUCCAGCAGGCUGUCCCUCUUCAAGGCCUGGCUAAUAAUGUACUCUCAGGACAGACUCAGUAUGUGACCAAUGUUCCAGUAGCCCUGAAUGGGAACAUCACCUUGCUACCUGUCAACAGCGUUUCUGCAGCUACCUUGACUCCCAGCUCUCAGGCAGUCACGAUCAGCAGCUCGGGGUCCCAGGAGAGCGGUGCACAGCCCGUCACCUCAGGGACUGCCAUCAGUUCUGCCAGCCUGGUAUCAUCGCAAGCCAGUUCCAGCUCCUUUUUCACCAAUGCCAACAGCUACUCAGCAACUACUACCACCAGCAACAUGGGAAUUAUGAACUUUACCACCAGCGGAUCAGCAGGGACCAACUCUCAAAGCCAGACACCCCAGAGGGUCAGUGGGCUACAGGGGUCUGAUGCUCUGAACAUCCAGCAGAACCAAACAGCUGGAGGCUCACUGCAAACAAGUCAGCAAAAAGAGGGAGAACAAAACCAGCAGACACAGCAGCAACAACAGAUUCUUAUCCAGCCUCAGCUAGUUCAAGGGGGACAGGCCCUCCAGGCCCUUCAAGCAGCACCACUGUCAGGGCAGACCUUUACAACUCAAGCUAUCUCCCAGGAAACCCUCCAGAACCUCCAGCUUCAGGCUGUUCCAAAUUCUGGCCCCAUCAUCAUCCGGACACCAACAGUGGGGCCCAAUGGACAGGUCAGUUGGCAGACUCUUCAGCUGCAGAACCUCCAAGUUCAGAACCCACAGGCCCAGACAAUCACCUUGGCUCCAAUGCAGGGUGUUUCCUUGGGGCAGACAAGUAGCAGCAAUACCACCCUGACACCCAUUGCCUCAGCUGCCUCAAUCCCUGCCGGCACAGUCACUGUGAAUGCUGCCCAACUCUCCUCUAUGCCAGGCCUCCAGACCAUUAACCUCAGUGCGUUGGGUGCUUCAGGAAUCCAGGUGCACCAACUUCCAGGCCUGCCGUUGACUAUAGCAAAUGCUUCAGGUGAUCAUGGAGCUCAACUUGGCCUCCAUGGGGCUGGUGGUGAUGGAAUGCAUGAUGACACAGCAGGUGGAGAGGAAGGAGAAAAUAGCCCAGAUCCCCAACCUCAACCUGGUCGGAGGAACCGGCGAGAAGCAUGUACCUGUCCCUACUGUAAAGACAGUGAAGGAAGGGGCUCUGGGGACCCUGGCAAAAAGAAGCAGCACAUUUGUCACAUCCAAGGUUGUGGCAAAGUAUAUGGCAAGACCUCACACCUACGGGCACACUUGCGCUGGCACACAGGCGAGAGACCAUUCAUGUGUACCUGGUCAUACUGUGGAAAACGUUUCACACGUUCGGAUGAGCUGCAGAGGCAUAAACGUACACACACAGGUGAGAAGAAAUUUGCCUGCCCUGAAUGUCCCAAGCGCUUCAUGAGGAGUGACCAUCUGUCAAAGCAUAUCAAGACCCACCAGAAUAAGAAAGGGGGCCCAGGGGUGGCCUUGAGUGUGGGCACUUUGCCCCUGGACAGUGGGGCAGGCUCAGAAGGCAGUGGCACUGCCACUUCUUCGACCCUUAUUACCACCAACAUGGUAGCCAUGGAGGCCAUCUGUCCGGAGGGUAUUGCCCGUCUUGCCAACAGUGGCAUCAACGUCAUGCAGGUGGCGGAUCUGCAGUCCAUUAAUAUCAGUGGGAAUGGCUUCUGAGAUCAGGCACCCGGGGCCAGAGACAUAUGGGCCAUACCCAUCAACCCCGGGAUGCAAGGUAGCAUGGGUCCAAGAGACAUGUGGGAGAGAGAGCCAUGAGGCAUUAAAAUGCAUGGUGGUGGGAAGAAUUGGGAAAGGAAUGCAAGAGAAGAGAUGGGGUCCUGGCACUCACCUAUAUCAUCAGUGUCUCCUUGACGUGGGAAACAUUAGUGAAAAUUCUGUUGGUGUCACCCUUUGAUGAGCAUUUAUUUGACCCCAGACAGUUUUCCCUUACAUUUCUUACCCCAGCCUUCCCUUCCUGCCUUUUCCAUCUCAGCUCCCCCAUGAUGGAUUCCCCUUCCCUUUCCUAAAGCCAUCAUGCCUUGAUAAAUAUAUAUGAUCAUUGAAAUACUUUUUAACAAAAAA